UUAUCUUGCAUCAAUAUUAAAUGAAAGUCGUAUAUAAAAAAGGCAAUGUCUAAACACGUAAGCAGAUCUACAAAAUAUACCUGACUAACUGAAUCAAAAUGGUAUCCGAAUUUAGAAAAAAGAAGCUGUUAUUCUUGCAUAGAUUCUUUGACAAGGAUGCCAGCGGAGCCGUGGAGAAGAAAGACUUUGAGCAGGCGGCGGUAAAUAUUUCAAAUUCAAGAGGAUGGAAGCAGGGAGACGCCAAGUACAAGGAGACUUUUGAUACUCUCCUCAAGGUGUGGAGUGACUUAGAAAGUGUGGCAGACGCGGACAAAGACGGGGCUGUCACCGUCGAUGAAUGGAUCGCAAUGUGGGACGCCUUCGCCCAGAACCCGUCCUCGGCGCACGCCUGGCAGAGUCAGUACUGCAAGUUUAUCUUUCAGCUACAGGACGCCACCAGCGAUGGCGCCAUUGACAGUGAGGAGUUUUCGUCAGUUUGCGUUUCAUUCGGUGGAAGCAAAGAUCAGGCGGUGACCGCUUUCCAGAAGAUGUCGAAAGGCAAGUCUACUAUUUCUUGGGCGGAGUUCCAAGAACUCUGGAGGGAGUUCUUCGCGGCAGAAGACCCUAGCGCACCCGGAAACUUCAUCUUUGGAACGUCGACUUUUUAAUCUGUGUGUAGCUGUAGUGGAAGUAGACAUUUUUUCAACAUUUACA